AUGACUCUGGUCAUUGCUGAUGACAGCGCCCCAGAUCUAGAUGUGGGCUUCCUGAUGUUUGCCAGCACGUCAUGCCUCGUCCUGCUCUUCAUGUCAGCUGUGCUAUUGCAUCAGGUGGCCAGAGAGUACCUGCUGGCCUUCUACCACAUUGCUCACGGCUGGGUGAAUGAGGCACUGCGUGGCAGAAACACGGGACCACGCUACCAGUACGACGCCUUCGUGUCGUACAGUGGCAGAGACGAGCGCUGGCUGGGGAAGGACAUUGUGGAGAACAUCACGGAAGGUCUUUACCGAAGCCGUCGCACCCUCUGCCUGGUCAGCCGCCACUUCCUGCGCAGCAACUGGUGUUCCCUGGAGAUGCGGCUGGGCACCUAUCGACUGCAGGCUGAACACAGAGAUGUGCUCAUCCUGGUGUUUCUGGAGAGGAUCCCCUCUAACCUGCGGUCCACUCACCACAGGGUGGCCCGACUGGUCAAGACCAGGACAUACAUGGAAUGGCCAGAGGACCCGACACAACACCAGGCUUUCUGGGACAGACUAUGGAAAAAACUAUUGGAAGGCAGGGUGCAGUGA